UUUUUUUUUUUCCCUUUUUUUUUUUUUUUACUCCCUUCAAAAAAACUUUUCUUUUUAUAUCAAACAUGUCUGGUGGUAAAUCUGGUGGAAAGUCUGCUUCUGGCUCCAAGUCUCAAACUCGUUCAGCUAAGGCUGGUCUCCAAUUCCCCGUUGGUCGUAUCCAUCGUCUCUUGCGUCGUGGAAACUAUGCCCAACGUGUUGGUGCUGGUGCUCCCGUCUACCUCGCUGCUGUCCUCGAAUACCUCGCUGCUGAAAUUCUCGAAUUAGCCGGUAACGCUGCUCGUGAUAACAAGAAGUCUCGUAUCAUCCCCCGUCAUCUUCAAUUAGCUAUCCGUAACGAUGAAGAAUUAAACAAGUUGCUUGGUCACGUCACUAUCGCUCAAGGUGGUGUCCUCCCCAACAUCCAUGCCUCUCUUUUACCUACCAAGUCCAAGAAGGCCGGUGCUUCUCAAGAACUUUAAAUUUGCUCCAAAAAAAA